AUGCAACCCACCUGCCUCGUCCUUGUGCUGGCAAUCGUCGGCUCAACGAUUGCUUUUCCGCAAAAUGAUGUACCUGUGCCGCAGGAUGGUACCAUUCUGAUAAGUAGACCAGCAGGCGUACCGCCACUGGAGGAAGCAGUUGCUGAACCCGUUGCACAGGAACAACCCAUCCAAGUUCCGGCCGAUGCUCCAGCGCUCGAUCUCGCUCAAGUCGAUGCUGAGAAUAGCCAAACCGAGCAAGCGACUCGUCAGAAGCGUCAAUUUGGACUGGGAGGACUCGGAGUCGGUGUUGGAGUUGGUCUGAUUGGUGGUGGUAUCGGAGGAGGCUACGGAUAUCCUGGAUAUGGUGGAUACGGCGGUUAUCCAGGCUAUGGUUACGGAGGAUAUGGUGGAUACGGUUAUGGUGGUUACGGAGGUUAUGGAGGUUAUGGAGGUUAUGGAGGAUACGGACAUCACCACCAUCACGGACAUCAUCACCACCGCGGGUGGUAA